AUGUUCGAGGUUCGAUCCGCAUUUGCCGACAAGGUUGAGAAGUCUGCUUCAGUAGUAGUACGUGAAGUUCAGCUCUCAGACGAAGAGGACAAUGCACCACUCGAUGUCUACAUCACCGAACUAGCUGAUGAGAUUCUGGAUGUUGUCCAGAAGUAUGGUAUGCACACCAAGACCACAGAAGAUGGCGUCGAUAGUGUUCGACAAUGGGAGGGACGCUCCAAAUUCAGAACUCACGUCGAGUAUUGGAUUCGUCGUCGUGAGCCCAUCAACUUUGUCAUUCCGUCCUACCCUUUCAAGUCGGAAAACCCUGACAAAGUGACUGGGUCACUUCCUGAUAUGGGAGAAUAUAUCGGACUGCACAAACUCCACUCUAUGACGCUUGAUGUUACUCAAGUAUAUCCUUUUGGAGCCCAAGUGACAAAAGAACAAUAUCUCAUCAUCAGCACAGACAUUUACCCUACCUCCGACGAAAAAGUCUGGGAGUACUCCCAAGCCAUUGAUCACAUGGCCAAGACCUACGGGUUUAACGUCAGAAUCAGCUCCCCCCACGAGCUGAUGGGCGUCCCUACAGUACCCCUCGACAAGGAAUCUUACAUCGAGGGUCUACACAACUGCCGCAGCCAAAUUGAAAAACACACCAACAUAGAGGCCCUAGACGCGCUCUUCGCCCGCGACCCCGACUCACUUCGAACCUACACCCAGAUGAGUCGCUUCUACGAGAUUGAUCUCAAGUACACCCCCGUCAUGCAGGGACUCAGCCGCAUGCAGGGAAAAAAGAUUACCAAGAAACUAGCCCGCGCCACCAUGGCCCGCUCUGAGGCCUUUACCGGUUUAGUCCUCAAGGCGCUCCCGCACCACGUGCGUCUGUCGGUGCACGCCUCCACUGGUGCAGUCAAGCUGUCGUUCCCUCUUGUUCCGCAGGGAUUAGGUCAGGCUUCCGUGUUCCGCGUGCCGUGGAUGUCAUCUAUUUCCGUCAACGUGGCUGGCGUGUUUGAGAGUGUUUACUCGGGGGAUGUCCGUGAUACGCACGAUUUGGUUUACAAGGAUGGUCAGCCUUGGUGUUACAGGGAGCGUCAUGACUUGUUCAACUUUGUCGGCAAGGAUAUCGGACUUGAUCAUCUUUAUCCCCGUGGUCUUCUGGUCACUAGUGAAAAGGAAAACGAGUCGCUUACUAUAGCUGAUGAAGAUGUUGACAGGGUAAAGGGCCUUGCGAAGUUGCAGCCGGUAUAUGUCUAUGGCUUUAGCAACUUUAAAGAGGGUUUACUUGACCUUUAA